AAGGCAAAGUGCAACUGGGUGUGGACUUUCAGUUGCACCUGUUCGCUGGCGGCCGUCGUCAUGACGGUGGUCAUUUACUUCCGAGACCGACGCGUGAGCGGCGAGGUGUACCCAGGGUACGCGGUCGAGAGCGCCGCUUUCAACGCACCGUUCCGGUUGCCGCGAAGUGGCGCCUACCGGAUGACGCCGGCGUCCGGCAAGCUGCUCAUUCAGCCACCCGAGGGCGUCUGUGCCAAGGCCUUUGCUGGAGACAACGGCAGCACCCCCCAGGAGAGUUUUGUCGUCGUAGUUCACUCGGCGCCGCAUCACUUCGAGCACAGGUCCGCCAUUAGAGCGACGUGGGGCAGGGACGCCAGCAUGCCUUUGCACAGUGGUGACGUCGGUGUCGACGCCCUGGUCCUUUUCGCCAUGGGCAGGCCCAGUAAUUCGCCGCUGCAGCAUCAGACUCAGGUCCGAAUCGCCACAGAAGCGGCGCUGCACCAGGACAUCAUCCAGGGCUCCUUCCCGGGCACCUUCAGUGCAUCUCUGCCGCUCAACGCCAUCAUGCUCAAGUGGGUUUCCGUAGCGUGCCCGCAAGCGAGCUACGUCGUCAAGGUUUCAGACGACUCCUUCGUAAACGUGCGACGGCUCCGCGAGACCCUUGGAACCGCACAGCUUCGCAGCUCCGUCGUCUACGCCCACAUCUACCGCAAGCCAUCGGUGUGGAACGGCCACAAACUGUCGUUCAUCAGGGACAACAUCUGCGUAGCAUGUGGCUACGCGAUGAGUGGUGACACGGUGCUCGAUCUCCUGAACCGGACGACACGCGGGGGCUUCACCAGCGUCGAGCAUCUCUUUUGGAGCGCCACUCAGGACCGCGUCGCGCCGCUGAGGCUCGUUAACAUGCAGGCGUUCUCCACCACUCGCGGUACGGGCUCGAGCCCUUUUCCGUGCGGCGUAAGGGACGCCAUAGCGAGCCACCACUUGAGCGCAGACGACAUGCAUGAGGCCUGGAAGGUGUUGCACAACGACACAGCGUCGUGCGUCGAUAGGCGCACGGAAUCGGAAUUACGCGAGCCAUAGCAUCUGGCGUCCCUGCCAAGUGCCAGCUUCCGUGAUAUAGAUUGCUAGAACGACAAAAUCUCGCUCCUUCUGGCCUAGUAUCUACAGGCAACAUUCAGCUAAUUGCUAUAUAUUUGCAACACCCUCACAUUUAAAUAAUGCUGCGAAGAUUAACGAAAAAAAUAUGCCGUCUAUGAUGACGUGUAUGGCCUUCCGCGUGCCACACAACGAGGAGAAAAAUUAUAGCCGGUUAUUUCGCUCUUGCCUGAUGCCGAUUACGAAGCGUUUGCCACUUCUAAGGCGAUUCGGACACCUUGCGGUCAAUGGGAUAUUUUAUGGCAGGUUAUCGGAUGUAUAAAAUUUAAGUGCACGAGUAUUUGACCGGUACAGACAAAUUGCAGACGCAAAACGACAAUGAAUAACAAAAUCCGAGGUGACUAGUUCCUUUGCCAAGUGACUUGAAUUAUCGCCAGCAAAG